AUGUCUCUUACUAAUCUUCAAAACUUCGCUUUUAAUAUUUUAAAAGAAACAAAACAUAACGUAGUACAAGAUAUCGUUGUUACAGAAUUGCCACCAUGUAAACUAUGUGAAAACAAAAUAUUAUCUGUUAAUUUCGAAUCAUUUACAAUACUUUUAUGUGGACAUAUAUAUCAUAGAAAAUGUAUAAAAAAAAAAUUUUUACUUACAACAGAAAACAAAUGCCCUUUAUCUGAUUGUAAUAAAAUCAUUGAUUCAGUAGUAUCCGAACGAAGGUUUUCCGAAUCAUCAUCUCAGUCUAGUGGAACUUCUGCUCUUGCAGAAAUGUUAAGUGAUGACUUUGGAUUAGGUUCUCCAAUGGCUGUAUCACCAUUAUUACCCUUACUUAAUGAGACUACCCAGAAAAAACGUACUAGGGAAUUAUCUGCAUCUACUGAAAAAUCAUUUAGCAAAAAAGUGAAAAAAACUGGUGGGAAGAAGGUAUCAAGCACAAUAAAACAACUUAUCGAAGAAUUAUUAACCGAGAUUCCUGAUAGUGGUAGGAGCUUGGAAGAAACAAGUGAAAACGUAAGUAACUUUUUACAACUCUCUGAAAGGAUUGAUCAUGCUGAAACUAAAAACGAAGAAGCAUCUCGGGGUCUCAUUUUCAGUUAUUUUAAUUUUGGAGAAGCCGUAUUUAAACAAUACAAGGAAUUAAAACCCAAGUUUGGCAAGGAUGGAUCUGAAGUGAUAGUUAAAAAAGAGGUUAGGGUGGUGAUUCCCGAGACAAAAUGCUCUGAUGAAGCUUUGCGAAAAAGAACAAAGAGAUCCGAAAAAAUUUACAAGCUUUUUAAUAGCAUUGGGAAAGAAAAAAUAGCCCGGAUUAGAUCUAUCCCCCCAUCAUUCAUCUUAAAUCUAACCGCGGAUGAAACCAAAUAUGUAAUGGCUGAAAUCUUAACGCAUAAGGUUUGA